CAUUUACAAAAGGAAGCCAUGUUGUUUUUCUAGGAAUAGCGUCCUCGCCAUAACAUAAGUGAAAUUUAGAUCUGGUUUGUGAAUUAGUUGUAAGUUACGCGGUUUUUAACAGUGUGAAUGAAGUUUUUUAGCUUUGCUUUUGAGUGUUGACGGUUGUAGUCCUAUAACUCGUUGAUUAUUGAUUAAUUACGGAAAUGGGACCUGCUCGAGGUCGCGGAAGGGGCCGUGGUAAUAGAAUGCCACCCCCGCCUCCACUCAUGGCUCGUAACAACAUGAUGCCGCCCCUCAGAUCUCCACCCCUCAUGCCUCCAAAGGAUGCGACAUCCGCCACCUCCAGGAAUGAGAGGACCGCCCUUUGCUCCUCCACAUCCACCUCAUCCUCCUAGACGUCCGCCUCCUCCCGGGUUUAGAGGAAUACCUCCUAGACCUCCUAGGUUGCCUCCAGGUCCUCUUCCUCCACCUUCAGCUAGAAGAUUUCCUCCCAGACCCAUGUUUCCUGGCCCCCAUGGACCCCCACUAUUACCUCUACCUCCUGGUCCCCCCAUGAUGGACGGACCUCAUGCUCGUUUGAGAAGACCCCCAGGACCACCUGGGGGACCUCCGUUCAUGCCUUUUGGACCAAUGGACCCGAUGAUGAAAAAAUGGAACGUCAAUAAUCAAAUGAACUCACAACCAGCAGUCAAGAAAUUAAGAAAAGCGAAAAAUCCUUGGAUCACUGAGGAUAUUUUAAUCUUGAUAGAGCAAAGAAAAAAGGCGUACAACUCGAAGACUGCCGAGGGGCGGAAGAAGUUUCUUGCGUUGAAAAAUGAGGUGACGAAGAGAUCGAGGAAAGCAAAGGAGCUGUGGAUGGAGAAGCAGAAGGAGAAGGAAGGUGGAGAGAAGAAGACCGAAGGAGAGAAUGUGACAGCCAAUGGAUCAUCCACCGAGAAGACAGACAAUGAGACGGAAGCUGCCGUGAAAGAAGAGGGAAAAGACGGUGACGUCACUACUGAUGGUACUGAUAUCAGUAAUGUUGAACCGAUAGUCAAAGUAGAAAUACCUGCCUAAAGGCAGUUACUCUCACACUUGAGUCCCCCUAGCAUCCCAAUAUUGAUGUUUUCCCAAAUCAUUAGGCUUUUGUAACUAUAAUCAUUAUCGGUGUUAUCCAAUAACUGACCUAAACUUCCUACUGUAAUAGUUAAUUGAAUGGAUGUUGUUAAAUUUUGAAACUUGUAGAUUAGGGGGAGUGCCCCUGCAGCACUGUUGAGUCACAGGGAUAUUUCGAUUAAUAAUAAGGGGUGCUGCAGGGGUGGCUAGUUGCUACUCUCUUGCAUUUCACUUAAUAAUAUUAAUGUAAUGUGUGUUAUUAAAUGUCAAUGUACACGUUUUAUAGUUAUUGUGGAAUUAGUCGAAUUUUUAUUAAUGUUUCAACGCAAGGUUGCCAGAUUAACCCAGACAUUGUGUCAAAUAUCUUGACUCAGAAAAAUUACAAAAUUUAACUGAGUAAAAGUUUAAAAAUUUCUGAAUUUAUUAAACUCAAAAGUGCAAAUAUUUGAGAAUUUAUUGAGAUGACAAAUCCAAAUCUCACUCUACAUUGUUUCAGUGAAAAUGUAUCAGGACUUAUUAAUUAUUUUAAGUGUAAUUAAUUGUUUCAGAACUAUUAAAUUUGUUCAACUCAGUUGAUCUUUAUCAAAUUGAAUUCAGUAUAAUAAUCAUUUUAAUAUUUGUAUACUUGGAAAGUCUUAUGAGGAAUAUUGUUUUACUGAAAGAAUAAUAAUUGUUUUUGUUAAUUCACGGUUUUUGUUACUAAUGCACAACUAUCAGUCAUGAAAGGCUAGAGUUGCUUUAGCUAAAACCUUAGUUUUAUACUGUUGAAGAGAACAGUAGUCGAUAUUUGUUUUAUUUAAUUCAAUGAGAAAAUAAUUGUUCAUAACAUUAAUUUGUUUUCGAGGAAAUUUCAAUGAGUUUGAGAGCUUAUUUAAUGCUAAAAUACAUUUCAGAUAGUUUUGUAUAAUCUUGAACGCUACCAUUGUACCAACUGAUAUUUCUAAGUUCUAUUAUACUUUCCAAAUCAAAUUUGACAAAUAAUAGUUGUAUUUCUUUAAUUUCGAAUACAUUAGUCAAUGGUAAAAAUAUGCUAAAAUACAAGGCCUUGUACUAUAUUUGGUGAAAAUAUCAUUUCAACCACAAUUGUGUGGUUGGAUUUUGCCUCCACUUUCUAGAGUGGAAUGUGUUCUAUAAUAUGACCAAUCUCACUCAUAUCUC